GUCGUUUUCGUUUCUGUUAGAGUUUGUUGUAUAUCACUUACACCUUGUCUUCCAUAGGAAUCAUCUGAUCCACUGCUAUUUAUUUUUGUCACGAUUGCCAAAUUGGUCAAAUUUUGAAAGGUUGAGAAAUUGUCCAAUUCCACGAUUUCAUCCCUUUAGCCUCAAGUGAAAGUUAUUUCAAAAUCGCGAUAAUCAGCUAUCUGAUCAGAAUCGCGUUCAACUUUUGAUAACACAUCAUUUCUUCAAUUUUCACAUCUCCAAUGUUGAAGACUAUAUCCAAACUGGCCCCUCGUGGGUAUUUGCGCAUUCUGGUAAGAUACAAUUCUGCCACAGCUACGAAUGCUUCCACGAACAAGCCAAAUGCCUCUAUUCAUACCCACACAAUCAAGACGCCUGUGGGCAUCAAAGCUGCCAUUGCCUCGUUGAAGCCUAAAACGACAAGAUUGUCUAUUGAAGGACCCAUUGAGUGUGAUUUGGAAGGCUUUCAAUUGCUCAAUUCGCCCAUUUUCAACAAGGGUUCUGCCUUCACAAAUGAAGAAAGACAAGCUUUUAAGUUGGACGGGCUUCUUCCAUCGCAAAUCAACACUUUGGACGAACAGGUGGAAAGGGCCUAUGCCCAGUUUUCGUAUUUGAAAACUCCCUUGGCCAAGAACGAUUUCUGUACAUCCAUGAGAAUCCAGAACAAGGUAUUAUACUACGAAUUGGUGAGAAGACACAUCCGUGAAAUGUUGCCCAUCAUCUAUACUCCUACAGAAGGAGAUGCCAUCGCUGCUUACUCAAAUAGAUUCAGAAAGCCAGAGGGAUGUUUCUUGGAUAUCACCGAUGCAGACUCUAUAGAUGAGAGAUUGUCAGUUUACGGUGAAGACAAGGAUAUUGAUUACAUUGUGGUAUCUGAUGGAGAAGGUAUUUUGGGUAUUGGUGAUCAGGGUGUAGGAGGAAUCAGAAUUGCCAUUGCCAAGUUGGGCUUAAUGACUCUCUGUGGAGGUAUUCAUCCCGGAAGAGUGUUACCGGUCGUUUUUGAUGUAGGAACAAACAACGAAAAGUUGCUCAAUGACGAAUUGUACAUGGGAAACAAGUUUCCUAGAGUCAGAGGUGAAGAAUACUGGGAUUUCGUAGAUAAGUUCAUUCAAGCUGUCAAAAAGAGAUUUCCUAGCGCAGUCUUGCAUUACGAAGAUUUCGGUGUUUCUACUGGUAGAGACAUGUUGUACAAAUACAGAGAAACAUUGCCUUCAUUCAACGACGAUAUCCAGGGCACUGGUGCUGUGGUGAUGGCUUCUAUCACUGCUGGUUUACAAUUUACCAACAAGAAGUUGUUGGACACAAAGGUCGUAAUCUACGGAGCAGGUUCUGCCGGUUUAGGAAUUGCUGACCAGAUUGUCAACCACAUGGUUUCCCACGGUGCUACUCCAGAAUAUGCUAGAUCUCGUAUCCACUGUAUGGAUCGUCGUGGUUUGAUCUUGGAAUCAUACGAGGGAUCAACUCCUACUCAGCAGUUGUAUGCGGACAAGGAUGCUGAUUGGGAAGGUGUAGAUACCAAAAGCUUGGUGGAAGUCAUUGACAAGGUACAACCCACCGUUUUGGUUGGAUGCUCUACUCAAGCUGGCGCCUUCACUGAAGAAGUCAUCAAGACGAUGUACAAGCACAAUCCCCAGCCAAUGGUUUUCCCAUUGUCGAAUCCUACCAGAUUGCACGAAGCUUUCCCUGUAGACAUCAUGAAGUGGACUGAAAACAAUGCAUUAAUUGCCACCGGAUCGCCAUUCCAACCUGUGGAUGGCUACUACAUCUCUGAAAACAACAACUGUUUCACAUUCCCUGGAAUUGGUUUGGGCGCUGUUUUGUCCAGAUGUACCACCAUUUCUGACAAGAUGGUUUCUGCUGCUGUCGACCAAUUGGCCUCGUUGUCGCCAAAGAUGGAAAACCCAAAGAACGGGUUGUUGCCCAAAUUGGAAGAAAUCGAUGAAGUCAGUGCCCAAGUGGCCACGGCUGUUAUCUUGCAAUCGUUAAAGGAAGGUACUGCCAGAGUCGAAAGCGAAAAGAAGCCCGAUGGAGGCUUUGUUGAAGUUCCUAGAGAGUUCAACAAGUGUCUUAAGUGGGUGCAAUCGCAAAUGUGGAAGCCUAUCUACAGACCACUUGUCAAGGUGGAACAUGUUCCAGAAAUCCAUACCUACCAAGUGUAG